UCGGGAAAAGUGUCGGAAGGUCGGGAACGCGCCCGUGAUUCCGGAGCAGUGGCGGCGUCGCCGGAGUCGGGAGCGAGCAGGCCUGCGAGCUGCUAGGGUGCUAGAGAAGCCGGGGGCUCGGUUCUUUAGCCAUGGCACAAGUAGAGAAGCGGGGAGGCUUGCUCCGGAAAUCUUCAGCCUCAAAAAAACCCCUAAAGGAAAAAGUGGUGCUGAUGUAUGAUGAGAUUUUCCUGACAGAGGAUCCCAGUAAGUGUAGUCCUCGGUUUUGGGAGGAGCUCUUCCUCAUGAAGGUGAAUUUAGAGUAUCUGGAAGGCAAGCUGGAAUCUCUGGAUGGUGAGGAGUUAAUGAAGAUCAAGGACAACAUUAAUUGUUUAUUUCAACACUGUAUCCAGGCUCUGGGGGAGGAGCAUCCGAUCCGAGUUGUCAAUGCAUUGCAGACCUUAUGUGCACUUAUUCGAGGAGUCCACCAGAAGAAUAAAUCUACGUCUGGAUUUGACAUCAUCAAUAUGCUGAUGGGCUUUGACAAAGCGGAGCUGUGCAUGAAGAACUUGAUGGAGAGUUUGGAUUCAUUACUUUGUGCCGAAGGUUCUGAAAGUCUGAAGAGUUUAUGUCUGAAACUUCUUCUUUGCUUGGUGACUGUUACAGAUAAUAUCAGUCAGAACACUAUCCUGGAAUAUGUAAUGAUCAACAGUAUAUUUGAAGCAAUUUUACAGAUACUUUCCCAUCCCCCAAGUCGUAGAGAGCAUGGGUAUGAUGCUGUUGUUCUCUUGGCUUUGCUGGUAAACUACAGAAAAUACGAGGUAGACCUGAUGGUGGAGUUCAUUGUGACACACAUGAUGAAGGAAUUCCCUAUGGAUCUCUAUGUGCGAUGUGUCCAGGUAGUGCAUAAACUGCUGUGUUACCAGAAGAAAUGUAGAGUUCGCCUGCAUUACACCUGGCGAGAACUCUGGUCAGCCUUGAUAAACUUGCUGAAGUUCCUUAUGUCAAAUGAAACCGUACUUUUGGCGAAACACAACAUUUUUACAUUGGCCCUUAUGAUUGUGAACCUAUUUAAUAUGUUUAUCACAUAUGGUGACACAUUCCUGCCAACCCCCAGCAGCUAUGAUGAGCUUUACUAUGAAAUUAUCCGCAUGCACCAGAGCUUUGACAACCUCUACUCCAUGGUCCUUAGGCUUUCCACCAACGCUGGCCAGUGGAAGGAAGCGGCGAGCAAGGUGACACAUGCAUUGGUGAACAUCAGAGCCAUCAUCAAUCACUUUAAUCCCAAAAUUGAGUCCUAUGCUGCUGUGAAUCACAUAUCUCAACUGUCGGAGGAACAGGUACUAGAGGUAGUACGAGCCAACUACGACACACUCACGCUGAAGCUGCAAGAUGGCCUGGACCAGUAUGAGCGCUACUCUGAACAACACAAGGAGGCCGCCUUCUUCAAAGAGCUGGUUCGGUCCAUUAGUACCAAUGUCCGGAGGAACUUAGCCUUCCACACACUCAGCCAGGAAGCCCUCCUGAAGGAGUUCUCCACCAUCUCCUGAGGAUGCAGUGCCUGAGAGCCACUGACUGCCUUACCCAUGAGGCUCCUGGGCUGGAGGGCGAGCACAAGGAGUGGGGACUGCCUUCAAGGUUGGAGAGAAGCACGACCCCGAGGCUCUUGGUGAAGGCCAUACUUCAGUGAGCUUGGACAGCAGGGGCAAGCCCAGGAUGGCCCUAUUUGGGGAGAAAUGGGAGGGUAAUGGGGGAGAGGUAACCAAAAGUGUGAGGUUUCCGGCUGCACUCCCUGGAUACUGACCCGUGAUUCCAACUGAGAUUCCACGUCUGGCUUCUGAUUAUUCAGGUGCUGGUCAGGCAGGCCUCAGCUGAUGCCAACACUCUGAAGGCCAAUGGCUGAGCUUGGCUGAUGCCACAUCCUGUUUCCUUUUAGAACUGGAGCUGAGCAAGGCCCCUGUCCCCACUGCAGUCUGCCCACUCUUUAGCCUCUCAGCUCUGGCACAGAGUAGGUCAGGGAUUGGCGCCUUUUUUCUGUCUUCUAAAUUCAAAGUUGACACCUCUGAGAAAUUGGAGAUUGGAUCUGCCUGGUGCUCUGCUGUCUGACCUCUCCUUUCUGGAUUUUAGUUUUGGCAUCAGGAGCACCUGUUUGCUUUCCCUUGCCUUCCCACUUUGACUCGUCGGCACAAUAGGCCCACAACUUUAGCCUUGCCUUUUUAGUCUGUUUUAAACUGUCUUAAAAGAGUUUGUGUGAAAUAAACAUUGACAGGUUUUCUGGAGCCCUCAAGGUGCCUACUUUGCUGGUUCCUUUUCCAGCAGCUUCCCCUGUCCCCACCCACCCCUCCAGUGGGAGCCUAGAUGAGCUCCCUCCGUGUUCCACCCCCUCACCCUGCUGUCAUCCAGCCUGCCUAAGAGUUUCCUCUGGGGAGGAGUCUGUUCCUGCUGUGGUCUGGUGCCGGGAGAGAACCUGCUGGGGAGGAGUCUGUUCCUGCUGUGGUCUGGUGCUGGGAGAGAACCUGCUGGGGGUAGGGUGCUGUUCAUAGACACAGGCUAGGUGAGCACCAUGCCUCGACUCUCCGUCUUGUCUAGCCGUAUUCUAGCUGGGCCUCAGGCACAUCCAACCUCCAUGAAGUUGGCCUGUGGAUUCUAUCAUCAGAUAGUCUCCAUGGACCCACUGUAGGGUUUUCCCUUCCCCACAGUGGCCCCUGAGAUAGCUGCUGCUCUAAGGUCCCUCCAGUCUAAAGUUUUUUAAAGCCCCAGGGUGGCAGGGCUAAGCAGCACAGUGAGGAUCGGAGGGAGGCUGAGAGUAGGUCUGGGGCUUUCUGGCCUCCUGUCUAUUUAGCAUCUGUCUCUUUGGAAUACUUGCCCCCCUGGAAGCCAGAGUUCUGAUUGCGCAGAAGUGUAAUAGUUCUAGAGAAUCUGUGACAGACUGACAUGCAUAGAUGUAGAAUCUUAAGCCAUUGUGGGGUGAUCUCUAAUCACUCGUCACCAGAUGGAUAACUUGACCUGAGGUUUUUAGUGUUUCCCAUGGUGAUAAACCCCAGAACAGCUGAAUCUGGAGCUGGUGGCAAGUCAAAGCUAUUAAAAGUUGAUUUGUGUCUUUAGUGUCUCCUCAGCGUCUUUCCCCUCUUCAUCUCUAAUGCAGGUGUUGGUCCUGUGUCAUAGAGGACCUUCCUCAAGCCUUUCGUCCUCUGAGCCUCCUGGUCCUGAUGGAGGCCAGCUGGGCUGAGAACUAUAGUCUCCCUUGCCUCUGGGUGAAAGAAGGGGGUGAUGGUAUGAGCAGGUCCCUUGGGUGCCUUCAGGAUUUCUGCCAGCCCUUCCUAUAGUGGAACAGGGGCCAGUCUAGGAUGAGCAGCCCUAAGCAAAGCGUUCCUUUUCUCCCGUGACUAAAAGCCGGCCUCUCGGUGGGGUCAUUCGUGUACACCUAAGACCUUUAACCUGAGUCUACAUCAUCCAGAAACCUGCUUGGCGGUGCCUCUGACAACUCUGUGGCGGUUUCUGAGAGUGUUUCUCCCAAAGUCAGCCUGUUCCUGCCUCACACAGGAACACUCACCACAGGUCACUGACUCAAGUAUUUAGAAAAUAAAUCUUGACUGAAAAGA